UCAACUGUUUCUAUUUAUGAUAAAAACGAUUUUAAACAAAUAAAAUUGAUAUGGCCAAUUUAACUACUGAUGGAAAAAUAUGUAUCGAACGAGAACUCGAAGUUACAGAAUCUAAAGAUUUUGAUGACAUUAUAUCUUAUUUUGAUGUAAAAGAAACCUGCAAAUGGAUAUCUGAUAACAAUUUUAAUAAGGUUUGUCUACAAUUUCCUGAUGAACUUUUAUGUGCAAGUCCUAAAGUUUAUAAAGAAAUCCAAAAUAGGACUCAAGCUGAUGUUUAUAUCUUGGGUGACACCUCAUAUGCUAGCUGCUGUGUAGAUGCGGUUGCUGCUAUGCAUGUGUCUGGUGAUGCCAUAGUGCACUAUGGUCAGUCCUGUUUCACCAAAACAAACAUUCCCGUUUACAUAGUUCUCCCCAAAAAGCAACUUGAUAUUAAAUCAUUGGAGACUUUGCUACAAAACUUUAAAGAACAUGCAAAAAUAUGUUUGUUCUAUGACUCAGAAUAUGACCAUUGUAAAAAUGAAAUAUCAAGAAUUUUAUUCCAAAAUUAUCCAGACAGCUAUUUAGCUGCAAUAGAAUUGUGUAAGCCACCUUUGAAGUUCUGCGGAAGAGUUGUCAAGGACAAAGAUAAUCAAAUACAUCCAGUAGAUGUGUUACAAGAAUGUACAUGUGUGUAUGUUGGCUCCAGAGGACAAACAUUAUUUAAUUUCACUAUCUCUAUCAAAGCUGCAAGUUGGUAUCUCCUAGACCCUGAUUCAAAAGUAACAGAGGUUCUGAAUGAGACAACAUGGUUCAAAAGGAGAAGGUAUUUGAUUGAGAAAUGUAAAGAUGCUAACACUGUAGGCAUAUUGAUCUGUAAGCUUGCCGGUGACCAGACAAAAGAUAUAAUAUCAAGAUUGAAACAGCUUUGCAAAAUCAAUGGAAAGAAAAGCUACAUUGUCUCAGUUGGAAAACCUAAUGUAGCCAAGCUUGCUAAUUUUCCAGAGAUUGACAUUUAUGUAAUGGUUGCUUGUCCAGAAAACGAAUUGUACAAUAACAGGGAUUUCUAUAAACCUAUUGUUUACCCAUAUGAACUGGAAUUGGCAUUAAAUUCAAACAGGGAUGGCUACUCCACCCACCAUGUCACAGAUUAUGAUGAGUUGUUACCAGGGAAUAGACAUUUUUGUGAAGUUAACCACAUAUUGGAAAGCACAGACGUCAGUCUUAUAACAGGGAAGAUAAGAGAGACAAAAGUACAAAGUUGUGACAAUUCAGAAAUGGCACUAAUGGAGAAUCAAAACUGGGCACUAGAAAACAUUGGCCAAAACCUUCAAGAUAGAUCUUGGAUAGGUCUGGAACAGAAACUGGGAGAGACGGAAGUUAAAAUAGCAGAAGAAGGUAGAAAAGGAAUACCAUUGCAGUAUUAUAAUGAACCAAAUUAAUAAAAAAUUUGUUUUUUUUAUGUAUGUAUUUACAAUAUUUGUAUCUUUUAUAAUACAAACAUGAGACUUGGGAUUAAAUAAUAAAUCCUAAAUACUA